AUGUGCUUGGUAUGGGAAAAUCUCACGGUGGAGCUACCUAGCAUGAUCACAAGUGGUUCAACGAGGAAAUUGCUAAGUGAUCUUAGUGGUUAUGCUGAACCAGGCCAUAUCAUGGCUAUCAUGGGACCUUCUGGGUCCGGCAAAUCCACGCUACUUGACUCAUUGGCUGGAAGACUUUCUUCAAAUGUUAAAUUGAGUGGAAAAGUCCUUAUCAAUGCCAAGAGAAGCAGCAUAGAGUGCAGAGAUAUUUCUUACGUUACUCAAGAAGAUUUUUUCUUGGGAACCCUUACAGUCAGAGAAACAAUUACUUACUCGGCUCACAUGAGGCUUCCUGGGAAAACGACUAAAGACGAGAUAGAUAGUGUUGUUGACAACACAAUAAUGGAGUUCGGUCUUCAAGAUUGCGCUGAUUCUAAGAUUGGAAAUUGGCAUUUAAGGGGCAUAAGCACUGGUGAAAAGAAGAGACUUAGCAUUAGUGUUGAAAUUUUAACACGUCCACAUAUUAUGCUCCUUGAUGAGCCCACUACUGGCCUGGAUAGUGCUUCAGCUUUCUUUGUGAUAAGAGCUCUUAGCAGCAUUGCUUAUGAUGGAAAGAUUGUCAUUUGUUCCAUUCAUCAGCCAAGUAGCGAUGUUUUCAAUCUUUUAGAUGAUUUGCUGCUUCUCUCAGGAGGAGAAACUGUCUAUUUCGGAGAAGCGAAAAUGGCAGUGAAGUUUUUCGCAGAAGCCGGAUUCCCUUGUCCAACUAAAAGAAAUCCUUCUGAUCACUUCCUGCGUUGUAUAAAUUUGGACUUUGAUAUCAUUGCAGAAGCUCUGUUGCGAUAUCAGAACAUCUGCGCAAUCCCAGAAUCGUCAAGUAAUUCGGUAAAGAUGAAAACUGCGGAGAUCAGAGAAACACUUAUUGAGAAGUACAAGUGCUCUGAGUUUUCAAUUAAUACAAGAAUCCCUGCACUCAGGAAAGAGAGCACAAGAGCAAACAGUGCAAAGAUUCAGGUGUUUCGUCGAGAAAGGUUGGGUGGAGAUUACGGAGAGGCUGUGCUUGUGCUGUCGAACUUCUUCUCAUCAUUCCCAUUCUUGCUUGCCAUAUCUCUUCUUUCAGGAACAAUAAUCUAUUACAUGGUGAAAUUUCAUCCAGGAUUUCCUCACUAUGCCUUUUUCUGCAUCAAUCUCUUUUGCUGUCUCUCUGUCGUAGAAACUUGUAUGAUGACUGUUGCAUAUCUGGUGCCUAAUGUCUUGAUGGGCAUUGCAUAUCUGGGGCCUAAUGUCUUGAUGGGCAUCGGUAUUGGAAUCGGUGUAAUUGUCUUUAUGAUGAUGGCAUCUGAAAUCUUCAGACCUGUACCAGACCUUCCAAAAUUCUUCUGGCGUUACCCAGUCUCCUACAUCAGUUUCGCGACAUGGGCAAUCCAGGGUGAGUACAAGAACGAAAUGAUUGGGCUCGAGUUUGAUCCUUUACUUCCAGGAAACUCAAAGGUGAAGGGAGAAACAAUCCUACAAACAGUUUUCGGAGUUCCCUUGAAUCAUUCCAAAUGGUGGGAUUUGACUGCACUGUUAUUCGUUUUACUAACCCAUCGACCAGUCUUGUACAUGGUACUGAAGUACAAGGAUAGAAUAGCUUCAAAAUUUCCCAGGCUACAUGCCAAUAAAACUGUCCAACACCUUGCAAGGAGAGUUUCGAAAGCGGGCGAAAGGCUUUCUUCCUUGAAGAGACACCAUCCUCUGUUAGGUGAUCCAAACAUUUAA